CUCUGUUUGACUUUAUCUUGGCUGUAUUUUCACAGAUCCUAGGGAAAGGUGAAGACCAGAACUUCCUCGCCAAGAAAGAUUUCUUGUUGCGCAACAGUCUAUCACUCUGGAUAUGGAAGGCUGGAGGCGAAGGCGCCAUGAUAUAACUACAAGCUUCGCAAGAACAAGAAGUCGAUAAAAAGAUACAAAAAAAGAAUAUGCGGAGUCCACGUCGGGAUAUCUUCGUCAGUUGCAAGCCGCCCGUUUAGUUUUACCUAUUGCCCAAGAGCUGCAGUAACUUAAAAACGAAAACCUUCUAGACACUCACGUUAAAAUAAAGUCACUAUAUCAAGCACACCAUCAUGGACAACGUGAUGGGUCGCCGCAAGGGCGACCACUUUGAACGGUGGGACCCCAAGUAUUUUCGCGAAUUGGAAGAAACGAGGUACGGCUUUCUCGCCCAGUGCGACUACAUCGUGCGGUUUCUCUAUGGGAGCGUCAGGAUCGAAAUCGACAAAGUUGAAAUAAUUUGCCAUGCAUAAAAUGCAAGGCAUGAAGUGCCUGUCUUGCCGGGAUGGCAAGUGGGGCAGAUUGUGAGCCUAUUGAGGGUUUGGGAUAGAGCUGCUAAAGGAGCAUGACAAAAGCAGUCUUCUGUGCCAAAACAGCAUGACAGAUUGGAUUUCGGUGCUCCGAAAAUUUGUCAUGCGCCGCUUGCUAAGUGAAAGUGGGUCGCCAACUGGUAUCGGUUUUAUGCAUUACAAACUUUGACGAUUUCGAUCCUGACACUCCCAUAUUAUCGCGUUGUGCGUAAAGGACACUUUUUGGUUCUGUUGGAACGCGUCCACGCGGUAUUUUUUCCACAGCGUGCCCUUCGAAGCGGACCAGUUAUGGGAAAAGGAAGUGGAGGGAAGGAGAAAAGAGGAAAGCGAAACAGAAAAACAAAAACUACGCACUCAUGAUGCAAAUAAAACAGAAGGCAAAACCGAUGGUGACCAGACGCUGGCUUCGCCACCCGCAACAGCGAAGUCAUCGAAGAUGAACCAGGUCAACAGAAGUCGCGAUGACACGACGAGCGAGCACCAAGGUCAUAGGGAUCAUGUCGAAAACGCGUCAGCCAGUGCCACUUCCUCAGGACCGACGAAGUCAUCGGCGCAGGACGAGGCGGGUUCAACAGUUGGCUCUACUCCUGCAGCUUCACAUUCAUCCCCUUCCCCGAAUGAAGAUUCCGUCAACGUCAACAAGCUCACAGCAGAUGUUGAUUCCGACACCAUGCAGGCGGAACUCGCUCAAAACUCGCCGGCAAGACGAAGGAGUGCAUCCAAAUCUUCGAAGAAAAAAGGAAGCACGACCACCUUGUUCAUCCUGCGUGCACUCACCGUCUUUGCCCGACUCGUCAUAUUCCUCGUAGCUUUCGUCUACAUUAAUGUCAACGACUUUGCGACCAAGCAAACCAAAGAAGAAAUAACGAGGAACGCAUCUUCAAUCUCCAGCCGGCUGAAGCGCUUCUUUCUGAACGUUCUGUACCGAGCGAAAGUCAUCCUUUGCCAUGUUUCCAGCCUCUGGGAAAACGAGAUGUCCCCAAAAAUCGAGGGGCUGCGACGCAAUUACAAGAAGUCCUGGCGGGUGACGGACCGAAAGUUUUGGGAGGUGGUCGUUUUCCGGCACAGUUACUUGACCUCGACGAAAAACGAUCCUGCUCCGGAGGGCCAGUACCAAAUCAGCCGCUGGACAAUUUUGGACAAACACGCGCAGGUGCACUUCCGCGCGAGACGCUUGUCGCAGUGGCUGUGGGUGAACAGUGGCAGGGUCGUGCGGUUCUGGCUGCUGCUGUGCAUAGCGCAGGUUUUGUUUGCGGGCUCGAAGCGGGUGAUCUUCGCAAGCCUUGUGGAUAUCGUGGGAGGAACAGGAAUAUCCUCGUCGCAUUCUACAAAGAACAGAGCAGCUGAUCAUGACAUUUCGAUCCUCAAAUGGGCACUCACUUCUACGGAUGAACCGGGCCGCCUGAUUUUUGACGAUUUCGCGGAGUUUUUAGGGACGAGUUCCGGCGGGUUUUUACACACGUUCAUCUCUCCGCCCACAGCUGCUUCCACCACCGAUGGCACAAGUUUCAUGCUUUCCGCCUACACGAUCUUCCUAGAAAAUUUUAACGUUCCUGCCGCUGAAGGUCAGCUACGGUCUUACCUCGCAAUUGUCUACAACCUGCUCACGCUCGUUUUCGCGAUUGGUACCCAUUUUACCCUGACCGCCGUCGGAGCAGGGGUGCGCGUGUUGAGCUUCGCGUUAAAGGCGGUUUUGUUCUACGAAAACAUCUUCCUCAACGCAGUGUGGAAUCACUAUUGGACGUCUGUUGUGCCGUUACUCUUUGCGACCCGUCUUAUCUUCGAUAUGAGUUCCCAUUGCAACGGUUUAUGUAGUGCGCCGUUCCAAUUCAUCGAGAGUGAUGCGGAAAAGAAGGCGAAGAAAAAGAGAAGUUGGUGGACCAGUUACGGAAGAAAAAAUUAUUGGUCCUCCUGGUAAGUUCUACAACUCGAACUCAAGUGGCCGCAUUUAUGUAUAACGAAAUGCGGCACUCACUCCCACUAUGUGUAGAGCACAUCAAAUUGCAAGCGAACAAGGACGACAAAGUAUUGGAGCUGUGAAAAUGUUGCCCUUUUUUCUGGGAAACUCUGUCUAGCGAACAAAGUGCCGA